AUAGUCGUAAUAGCAUUGAGCACGUGAUUAGGUACCGCCUGAUUGUGACGUAUUUUAGCGGUGCCUGUAAAUUACGUGACCUUCUAUGCGCUCGAAGAUUUGUAUUUCUGGCUGUUGAGAGUAGCUGAAGUAGCCGGCUAUAAAGUUUAAAAAGACAACCUCAUUAGCUAAAAAGGGAAAAUGGGUGACAUUGCGAAAGGAAAGAAGGCGUUUGUCCAGAAGUGUGCACAGUGUCACACAGUCGAGGAAGGAGGAAAGCACAAAGUUGGUCCAAACCUUUGGGGUCUGUUCGGACGCAAGACGGGCCAGGCUGAAGGCUUUUCCUAUACCGAUGCCAACAAGAGCAAAGGUAUUGUAUGGGGAGACGCCACACUUAUGGAGUACUUGGAAAACCCCAAAAAAUACAUUCCUGGAACAAAGAUGAUCUUUGCCGGCAUCAAGAAGAAGGGGGAGCGUGCUGAUCUAAUUGCAUAUUUAAAGUCUGCAACAUCUUAGAUUCUGCUCAUCCUAAUUUAACUUAUCUGUAAAGUAAACUUAUAUGUUGUUAUUGUAAAAUAAUUUUAAGAAGUAAUCUACAGAAAAAGGUUUUGAUAAAUUUAAGAAGACUUGGAGGAAAAAAGAAAAAGGAAAAAAAAAACGAUGUCAAGCCUUGCAUCUGUCUAAAUGAAGAGCAAACCUAAUUUCACAGAUUCCAGUAACUUGCACUUGAAACUUGGUUAAUGCAAUGAUAUUUGAACAGUUAGGGUGGUUAUUGCAGGUCCUGGGUUGUCUCCCAUGUUGAAUGAGUAAGUGUAUCCCCUGGUUUCACAGGUGUAUUAGAAAUUGGUAUCUGUUGGUGGUUAAGUAUUCCCGAAGGCACUCGUUGAAGAAGGCCAAAGCGCUGCUUGUAGUGUAUGAAGGAAUCUUAUCAUUAAAAUUGAUUAAAACUGUAA